AACCAGUAGACUUAUAAAUACCAGCAAACAGCCCGACGACCUGCACCGUUCCUGGAGAAGACUUACUUCCAGCAACAUGCAGGUCCGAACCGGAGUGGAGAUGUUGGCGGCGUUGGCAGUUGUCCUACUGGCUGCUGGUGGAGCUGAUGGAAUGACCAAGUGCGAGUUGAAGAAGGAAAUGACGGCGAAGCUGCCCACCAAAGUUCUGAAAUUCAUCAAACAGGACAUGGCCAAGAUUAUCUGCAGUGUGGAGAUGAUGAGUGGCUUCAAUACCAGCUUAGUCAAGAACAUCACUUUAAGUGAAAAACAGGACAGCGUUCGCUACGCUAGGUCUGCACCUGAGGCGUCCAAUGAAGAAUCCAACGAGAAGCCCAAGAAGAUGAAAUCUGGUUGCACUUCUACAACGGUUAAACCAACCACUGCUACACAAGGUAACACGUCUUCACCUGGAAGCAGCACCACUUCAUUUGGAAACAGCACGUCUUUACCUGGAAGCAGGAUGGGUCGACGCCGUGUCAGGUCUGCGUACGACUCAACCACCAAGGACAACCAUGAGAGCCAGGAGAACUUCAAGGCCAACAGUAGCAAAGUCCACCCAACCAAUCACCCCAAAGAAAACGCCAUGUUCUCCCUUGGUGGCCAUAGUCCUCGCCUCGCCAGGGCUGCCAGAAUGGGUCACCACAGUGUAGUUGAACGUACCACUAGUAGCAGACCAGUUACACACAAGCCUCAUCAUACAACCCUUCACAAGAGGUCCACACACAGGUCAAGCAUGGAGUCUGAUGAAGAUAAUGUGAGUGUCAACUCUACCUCCAUUCCCUCGUCUUCUGGGCGUCAUCGGGGUAACAACACGUCCUCUGAGAAAGGUCACGGCAAGCGGCGCGCCAGGUCUACCCAUAAGUUUAGCCUUCUGGCGGAGUGGUCAACUGGGAGCGGCUCCAGAGAGAUCCCCGAUAUGAAGCCUACCAAAGAGCCCAUGGUGGAUCCUGGAAGAAAACCCAGCAAGACGUUCAGUGAGGAAUCAAAUGAGGAAUCCAAUGAAGAAUCUAAUGAGGAAUCCAGCGAGGAAUCUAAAGAGGAACCAAGUGAGGAAUCCAGCGAGGAAUCCAAGGAGGAAUCCAAAGAGGAACCCAGCGAGGAAUCAAGUGAGGAAUCCAAGGAGGAAUCCAAAGAGGAACCCAGCGAGGAAUCAAGUGAGGAAUCCAAGGAGGAAUCCAAAGAGGAACCCAGCGAGGAAUCAAGUGAGGAAUCCAAGGAGGAAUCCAAGGAAGAGUCCAAGGAGGAACCCAGCGAAGAAUCAAGCGAGGAAUCCGAUGAAGAAUCCCCGGAGGAAUCCCAUGAGGAACCCACUUGGAAACCCACUGAGAAACCCACUGAGAAACCUACUAGGCCUUUUAGAUUUAACUUUACUUCCAUUGCCCCAAUUCAAUGGAAUAAUUUCACCUCUUUCAAUGUCUCCCAUUUUGGUGGGCGCGUCCGCCGUGAUGUCAGAUCUGUUGAGUCUGAGUCGAGCGAUGAGGCUGUAGAUGAGGUCUGGACCCUCUACGGUCUGUUCCAGCUCCCUGGGCAGCUCGUCUGCUCCUCCGGAUCCGAACCCACCCUUAACCUCUGCAACAUGCCCUGCACAGAUCUUCUAAAUGAUGACAUCACUGAUGACAUAACCUGUGUUGGAACCCUCAUAAGUGACAUAAUGAUGAGGGAUAAAUUCCAUGUUUACGCUCACCGCGACAUCCGAGCCCUGUUUGAUGUUUAUCAGAAGAAAGAAUGCGCCAACCUGAAGGACAACUGCUGAUCCUCAGCUCUUCAUUUCCUGUAGAUCUGAACUGUUCUGUAGCUCAUAGUUAAAUACAGAAACAAAUUUAACAAUAAAACAAUGUGGACAAAAUAAAUAAUUAAAUUAAACUUGUGCAACUGCAAA